GAGGAUGAUUUUGGAGGUAAAAAGUUGAUGGGAGGAGCAUUGACAUGUUGCUGAAACACAGGUGGAGUCGCCAGGUUUGUUGGGUUUUACACCUUCAGGUUUCCACAGCUCCUCAGAGCUACAGCAGGGCGGUCUGAGCCCAGCAGGGAGAUAUCGGAUCCUCAGACCACAGGAUGAACAGAGAGGAGCUGGCUAUAAACACAAUGGGGGACUUCGAGGGUCAGUCUGGUAAAAGACUUCACUCCUUUGACAUGAACCACUAUGCCACUAAGAAGAGUGCAGCUCAGAGUAUGCUGGAUGUUGCUUUGCUGAUGGCCAACUCGUCCCAGCUGAAGACCAUCCUGUAUGUGGGCCCACAGUACCGAUUCUACAUCCCUCUCAUCGUCCUGCUCGCCCUGUCCAUCUCACUGCAGGUGAUGGUGGGACUGCUGCUCGUCUUUAUUGCAGUGAAGUACGAUCUGAACGACGAACGGAAACGAACCAAGCUGGACACGAUGAACAACGUGGCCACGGUGUUCGUCUUCUUCACGGUCCUCAUCAACAUCUUCAUCACUGCGCUCGGGUUCCAGGGCCACUCGAUGAGUGCAGCACCUGUCAUCCCUUUAGACCCUCCUCUGCCUUCGUUGCCUGUUAACCUGACUAAGACUGGGAUCCUGUAGAAAGCCACUGAACCUCAUUCUUAUUUAACAUUAUUUGUAUUUUAAAUACUUAUGUAAACUGCUUUUCCCCAUUACUUCUGAAUCUCAAAUAAAAUGUCUGUUUCUCUUA